UCAAUUUGCCAUCAUCGUUUGUGGUUGUCGGUAAAAAUUAGAAAAUCAUUAAAAACUAAGGGAAAAACUAAACUAACAGCUUCCGGAAAAGUGAAGAGAAAAAACAACAACAAUUUUUAAAAGGCAGGCAGGAGGACAAUUAAUUAAAGCAUAAAUUGAUUAUGAAAUAAUUCAAUAAUACACCUGGUGAAAGUGAAAGUUGGGAAAUAAUUGAAAAGUAGCUGCAACAACAAAAUAUUGGCCAUUGGCUCAGGUGCAAAUGAAAAUUCGUUGAAGGACAACAUUCUUACCUGUGGGUGGAAAAAGUAAAAACCAAAAAACAAUGACCGGAAAACGUGGUGGAGUGAUAUUGGCCCAUGUGCUAUCCAGCAUAUGCGAGAAAAUGAAUCGUAAAAAGUCGUUGCCAAAUGAUGGUGGACGUUCACAGGAUACCUUGAAACGUUGCCUAUCCACGUUGGAUAUUACUUUGCUGGGUAUUGGCCACAUGGUGGGAGCUGGCAUUUACGUACUCACCGGCACGGUGGCCAAAGAUAUUGCCGGCCCCGGUAUUAUCUUCAGUUUCUUUUUGGCUGGUUUGGUCUCCAUUUUGGCUGCCAUAUGUUAUGCUGAAUUUGGCACUCGUGUACCCAAGGCUGGAGCGGCUUAUGUCUACACGUACAUUGCGGUGGGUGAAUUUUGGGCCUUUAUCAUUGGCUGGAAUAUUUGUUUGGAACAUAUGUUGGGUGCUGCCUCGGUAUCGAGGGCCUGGAGUGGUUAUGUGGAUAGUCUUCUGGGUGGAUGGAUAAAGAACACCACCUUGGCGCUGCUUGGUGGAGAGGCACAUUAUGACAGCGAUUUAUUGGCCCAGUAUCCAGAUGUUUUGGCUUGUCUAAUUUGUCUUGUCUAUGCCUUGGCCAUGGCCUUGGGUGUAAAGAUAACGGCUGCCUUCAAUGGUAUUUUGACUCUGAUCAAUAUUGGCGUUAUGCUUUUGGUCAUUUGUGUGGGUUUCUGGUAUGCUGAUUUACAGAAUUGGUUCCAGGCUGAUGGUGGUUUUCUGCCCUAUGGUUUUGGUGGGGUGAUUGCAGGAGCUGCCACAUGUUUUUAUGCUUUUGUGGGUUUUGAUUCGAUUGCCACGUCAGCGGAGGAGGCCAGAAAUCCAGCCUCCUCGGUGCCCAUUGCAACGUUGGUGUCGCUGAGUGCCGUGUCCGCAGGAUAUAUAUUGGUCAGUGCUGCCCUUACCCUCAUGAUACCCACGGAUCAAAUUAAUCCCUCGGCUUCUUUGCCAGAGGCAUUUGGUCAAUUGGGUCUACCCUGGGCAAAGAUAAUAAUUACCAUUGGGGCCCUGUGUGGCAUGACAACCACUUUGCUGGGUUCAUUAUUUGCCCUGCCCAGAUGUCUGUACGCCAUGGCCUGUGAUGGUUUACUAUUCAGCUGUUUUGGUCGAGUGAAUUCCAUGACCCAGGUGCCGGUCUUGAAUUUACUGGCCUCUGGGACAUUUAGUGCCCUUCUGGCUUUGGUUUUUGAUCUCAAACAUUUGGUGGAAUUCAUGUCCAUUGGAACUCUUCUGGCCUAUACCAUUGUGGCUGCAAGUGUCAUAGUUUUACGUUAUCGCCCCCUAAAACCUGAGAGUUUGAUUUAUGCUCCCGAUUCCUCGGAAAGUGAAAACUUGGACUAUGAAGCAGAUAGUUUGUCGGAGAAUUCCAGUGCUGAUACCAUAUCCCAGACAGGAGAAUUGAUUGGCCGUAGUUCUGGUGUGUAUUUAAAGGCAAAAUAUAAAUGGCUGGAACCAUUGGUGGGCUGCUUUGAACCGGAGCGAGUUGUUUCCACGUGUGUUAUGUUGUUUUGCAUCUUCACCUUUGGUAUUUGUUUCCAAUUGAAGGUGUAUUGGACGGAUUCCAAGGCGGAUGAUGCUUCGUAUUGGACUUUCCUAUUCAACGGCUUCAUUUUGUUCUUUGCCUUGGCGUGUGUAACAUUGAUUGGUGCCUACACCCAAAACACCCAGGGCCUGACAUUUAAGGUACCAUUUGUACCCGUUUUUCCUGCUCUAAGUAUCUUUGCCAAUAUAGCAUUAAUGGUCCAUUUGAGUUUUGUCACCUGGUUACGUUUUUUCAUUUGGGUUUCCUUGGGCAUGCUCAUGUAUUUUGGUUAUGGCAUACAUCAUAGCCGCCAGGAUGGUGGGGAGAAUUCCAAUUAUUCAAUUCUAAGAACUGCAACUGGUCAACAGUCUGCCGCUGAUGUGGAACAGGAAUCUGGAAAUAAACAAAGUGCUGGUACAUCAAUUGCCAUUUGUCAUCGAUUUAUUGGUCGAAAGAAAUCGAAAGGAGAACAAAUACAGUAGAUUGUUCGGAAAUGAAAAAGGCGGGAAAUUCAAAAUGAAGGCUAUCUAAAAAGUGUAUUGGAAUUAUGGAUUAUAAAGGGAUUGUAACAUGAAUCCUUUGAUGUUAAAUGUAAAACGAUUGUCUACCGAAAAUAGUGUUGGUAUACGUGUUGUGUAAAUAUAUACAAAAUAAAAGAAAACAAACAAAUACA